AUGGGUGUGAACGGGUUCUGUGGUGCGGCAGCUGCUGCUGCUGCACAUCCACCCCAUCCCCCUUCCCUUCCCCCAUCCCCCGUCCCUUCCACGUACCCCCCUUCCCACCCCCCAUCCCCCUUUCCCUUCCCUUCCCCCAUCCUCUCUCCCUUCCCCGCAUCCCCCUUCCCUUACCCCAUCUCCCUUUCCCUUCCCCCAUACCUCUCUCCCUUCUCUGCAUCCCCCUUUCCCUCCCCCCGUCCCCUUUCCAUUCCGCAUCUCCCUCUCCCUUCCCGCAUCCCCAUUUCCUUCCGCGUCUCCCUUUCCCUUCCCCCAUCCCCUUUCCCUUCCCCGCAUCCCCUUUCCCUUACCCCAUCUCCAUCUACCUUCCCCCAUUCCUCUCUCCCUUCUCCGCAUCCCCCUUUCCCUUCCCCCAUCUCAGUUUCCUUCCCCGCAAUCUCCCUAUCCCUUCCAACCACACCCUUUCCCUUCCCCAUCCCCCUUUCCCUUCCCCCAUCCCCUUUCCAUUCCGCAUCUCCCUUUCCCUUCCCCCAUCCCCUUUCCCUUCCCCGCAUCCCCCUUCCCUUCCCCCAAGCCUCCCUCCCUUCCUCCCUUGACAGGACGCACGGGAAGGAGGAAGGGACAAGUCAAGACAUCCCAAACUCCAGUGUGAAACGAAGGGAGUGGCGGUGGGGGGGUGGUUGCACCUCCAGCGCCCCGCUGCUCUGCUUCGUCACCAAGCCAGCAGGCCCCCCCCUCCGCCUCUACCUUCCCCCUUCUGCUGCUCCUACUGCAGCGGCGGUUUCUGCCCGGCGCCUCGUGCGCCCUGCCCAUCCGCGCCCGCCCCACCAGAUCGCGCACCUCGCCCCCCCUCCCUUAUCUGCCCUCUCCCCACUGCGGACCACCGUGGGUGGGGAAGGUGUUGGAGGAAGGGUGGGGGGGAAGGUGUGA